CGAGGCUGAGUCGCUGCACCGCGAAGAAAGUUUCAGCCAAACUUCGGGCGGCGGCUGAGGCGGUGCCGGGGAGCGGCUGACUCGUGGGUUUGGGGCGCCGCCGACGCAUUCAAACUCGAGCUGCGGAACGUAGCGCGUGGCCGUGAGCUGAAGCACCCGGAGGAGGAGCGGACAGAGCGGGAGGGUUGGGGGGACCCCGGGUUGGGACCCCCCUCCUCAUGUGGAUCUGCCCCGGCGGCGGCGGCGGCGGCGACGCUGGAGGAGGCGACCGAGAAGAUGCCCGCGCUGCGCCCCGCUCCGCUGUGGGCGCUGCUGGCGCUGUGUCUGUGCCGCGCCGACCCCGCGCGUGCACUGCAGUGUCGAGAUGACCAAGAGCCCUGUGUAAAUAAAGGAAUUUGUAUUACCUACCACAAUGGCACUGGAUACUGCAAAUGUCCAGAAGGCUUCUUGGGAGAAUAUUGUCAACAUCGAGACCCCUGUGAGACAAAUCGAUGCCAAAAUGGUGGGACCUGUGUGGCCCAGGCCAUGUUGGGGAAAGCCACCUGCCGAUGUGCCCCAGGGUUCACCGGGGAAGACUGCCAGCACUCCACCUCUCACCCCUGCUUUGUGUCUCGCCCCUGCCUGAAUGGGGGUACCUGCCACAUGCUCAGCCGGGAAACGUAUGAGUGCACCUGCCAAGUGGGUUUUACAGGGAAGCUGUGCCAGUGGACUGAUGCCUGCCUGUCUCACCCAUGUGCAAACGGAAGUACCUGUACUACUGUGGCCAAUCAGUUCUCCUGCAAGUGCCCUGCAGGCUUCACAGGGCGGAAGUGUGAGGCUGAUGUCAAUGAGUGUGACAUCCCAGGACAGUGCCGGCAUGGUGGCACCUGCCUCAACCUGCCUGGCUCUUACCAGUGCCAGUGUCCCCAGGGCUUCACCGGCCAGCACUGCGACAGCCCCUAUGUGCCCUGUGCACCCUCCCCCUGUGCCAAUGGAGGCACCUGCCGGCAGACUGGUGACUUUACUUUUGAAUGCAACUGUCUUCCAGGCUUUGAAGGCAGCACCUGUGAGCGAAACGUUGACGACUGCCCUAACCACCGGUGUCAGAAUGGAGGGGUUUGUGUGGAUGGGGUCAACACUUACAACUGCCGCUGUCCUCCGCAAUGGACAGGGCAAUUCUGCACGGAGGAUGUGGAUGAGUGCCUGCUGCAACCCAAUGCCUGUCAGAAUGGAGGAACCUGUACCAACAGCAAUGGGGGCUAUGGCUGCGUAUGUGUGAAUGGCUGGAGUGGAGAUGAUUGCAGUGAAAACAUCGAUGACUGUGCCUUUGCCUCCUGCACUGCAGGUUCUACCUGCAUCGACCGUGUGGCCUCCUUCUCUUGCAUGUGUCCAGAAGGAAAGGCAGGUCUCCUGUGUCAUCUGGAUGAUGCCUGCAUCAGCAAUCCUUGCCACAAGGGUGCGCUGUGUGACACCAACCCCCUGAAUGGGCAGUACAUCUGCACCUGCCCACAGGGCUACAAGGGGGCAGACUGCACCGAAGAUGUGGACGAGUGUGCCAUGGCCAACAGCAAUCCUUGUGAGCAUGCAGGAAAGUGUGUGAACACAGAUGGAGCUUUCCAUUGUGAAUGCCUCAAGGGCUACGCGGGGCCUCGCUGCGAGAUGGACAUCAAUGAGUGUCACUCGGACCCCUGUCAGAAUGAUGCCACCUGCCUGGAUAAGAUCGGGGGCUUCACAUGUCUAUGCAUGCCAGGUUUCAAAGGUGUGCAUUGUGAACUGGAGAUCAACGAAUGCCAGAGUAACCCUUGUGUGAACAACGGGCAGUGUGUGGACAAAGUCAAUCGCUUCCAGUGUCUGUGUCCCCCUGGUUUCACAGGCCCAGUGUGCCAGAUUGACAUCGAUGAUUGCUCCAGUACUCCAUGCCUGAAUGGGGCCAAGUGCAUCGAUCACCCGAAUGGCUAUGAAUGCCAAUGUGCCACAGGCUUUACUGGCGUGUUAUGUGAGGAGAAUGUCGACAACUGUGACCCUGACCCUUGCCAUCAUGGGCAGUGCCAGGAUGGGAUUGAUUCCUACACCUGCCUCUGCAACCCCGGAUACAUGGGGGCCAUCUGCAGCGACCAGAUAGACGAGUGUUACAGCAGCCCCUGCUUGAAUGAAGGACGCUGCAUUGACCUGGUGAACGGCUACCAAUGCAACUGCCAGCCAGGCACGUCAGGAGUUAAUUGUGAAAUCAAUUUUGAUGACUGUGCUAGCAACCCUUGUGUUCAAGGCUCCUGUGUUGAUGGCAUCAAUCGCUACAGUUGUGUCUGCUCACCUGGGUUCACAGGGCAAAGAUGCAAUAUUGACAUCGAUGAGUGUGCCUCCAAUCCCUGUCGCAAGGGUGCAACCUGCAUCAACGAUGUGAAUGGUUUCCGCUGCAUGUGUCCAGAAGGACCCCAUCACCCCAGUUGCUACUCCCGGGUGAACGAAUGCUUGAGCAGCCCUUGCAUCCAUGGCAACUGUACUGGGGGCCUCAGCGGGUACAAGUGCCUCUGUGAUGCAGGCUGGGUUGGCACCAACUGUGAAGUAGACAGAAACGAAUGUCUCUCUAACCCAUGCCAGAAUGGAGGGACGUGUGAUAAUCUGGUGAAUGGAUACAGGUGUACUUGCAAAAAGGGCUUCAAAGGCUACAACUGCCAGGUGAAUAUUGAUGAGUGCGCCUCCAACCCCUGUCUCAACCAAGGAACCUGCUUUGAUGACAUCAGUGGCUACACUUGCCACUGUGUGCUGCCCUACACAGGCAAGAACUGUCAGACUGUGUUGGCUCCCUGUUCCCCAAACCCUUGUGAGAAUGCUGCCAUUUGUAAAGAGGCAUCAAAUUUUGAGAGUUAUACCUGCUUGUGUGCUCCUGGGUGGCGAGGUCAGCGGUGUACCAUUGACAUUGACGAGUGUGUGUCCAAGCCUUGCAUGAAUCAAGGCCUCUGCCACAACACCCAGGGCAGCUACAUGUGUGAGUGUCCACCAGGCUUCAGUGGGAUGGACUGCGAGGAGGACAUUGAUGACUGCCUUGCCAACCCUUGCCAGAAUGGAGGCUCCUGUGUCGAUGGAGUGAACACCUUCUCCUGCCUCUGCCUUCCUGGUUUCACCGGGGAAAAGUGCCAGGCAGACAUGAAUGAGUGUCUGAGCGAACCCUGCAAGAAUGGUGGUACCUGCUCUGACUAUGUCAACAGCUACACCUGCAAGUGCCAGGCAGGGUUUGAUGGUGUGCACUGUGAGAACAACAUCGAUGAGUGCACAGAGAGUUCCUGUUUCAAUGGCGGCACAUGUAUCGAUGGAAUCAGCUCCUUCUCCUGCUUGUGCCCUGUGGGUUUCACGGGUCCCUUUUGCCUCCAUGAGAUCAAUGAGUGCAACUCUCAUCCGUGCCUGAAUGAGGGAACCUGUGUUGAUGGCCUGGGUACCUACCGCUGUACCUGCCCCUUGGGCUACACUGGGAAAAACUGUCAGACCUUGGUGAGCCUUUGCAGCCGAUCUCCAUGUAAAAACCAAGGCACUUGCAUCCAGGAGAAGGCAGAGUCCCGGUGUCUGUGUCCAUCUGGAUGGACUGGUGCAUACUGCGAUGUGCCCAACGUGCCCUGUGAGGUGGCUGCCCUGCGCAAAAAAGUGCAUGUUGAUCACCUGUGCCAAAACUCAGGUGUCUGCAUCAGUGCUGGCAACACCCAUCACUGCCAGUGCCCUCCGGGCUACACAGGGAGCUACUGCGAGGAGCAGCUAGACGAGUGUGCAUCCAAUCCCUGUCAGCACGGCGCCACCUGCAUUGGGGGAUACCGGUGUGAGUGUGUUCCAGGUUAUCAGGGUGUGAACUGUGAGUAUGAAGUUGAUGAGUGCCAGAACCAGCCAUGCCAGAAUGGAGGCACCUGUGUCGACCUUGUGAACCAUUUCAAGUGCUCCUGCCCACCUGGCACUCGGGGCCUACUUUGUGAAGAGAACAUUGAUGACUGUGCUGGGGGUCCCCACUGCCUGAAUGGGGGCCAGUGUGUGGACAGGAUUGGGGGUUAUAAUUGUCUCUGCCUGCCUGGCUUUGCCGGGGAACGGUGUGAAGGGGACAUCAACGAGUGCCUCUCCAGCCCCUGCAACUCUGAGGGCAGCCUGGACUGUAUCCAGCUCACCAAUGACUACCAGUGUGUCUGCCGAAGUGCCUUCACUGGCCGCCACUGUGAAACGUUCAUGGAUGUAUGUCCCCAGAUGCCCUGCCUGAAUGGAGGGACGUGUGCUGUGGCCAGAAACAUGCCUGAUGGCUUCAUUUGUCUCUGUCCCCCUGGAUUCUCUGGGGCAAAAUGCCAGAGCAGCUGUGGGCAGGUGAAGUGCCGGAGAGGAGAGCACUGUGUGCACACUGCCUCGGGACCCCGCUGCUUCUGCCCCAACCCUCAGGACUGCGAGUCAGGCUGUGCCAGUAACCCCUGCCAGCACGGGGGCAGCUGCCGCCCUCAGCACCACCCUCCUUACUACUCAUGCCAUUGCUCUCCACCCUUCUGGGGCAGACAGUGUGAGCUGUACCCUGUCCCCACCAGCACCCCUGCGGCCACCUGUCUGAGUCAGUACUGCAUCGACAAAGCUCGGGAUGGGGUCUGUGACGAGGCCUGCAACAGCCACGCCUGCCAGUGGGACGGGGGCGACUGUUCCCUCACCAUGGAGAACCCCUGGGCCAACUGCACUGCACCCAUCCCCUGCUGGGACUAUAUCAACAACCAGUGUGACCAACUGUGUAACACCGCUGAGUGCCUGUUUGACAACUUUGAAUGUCAGGGCAACAGCAAGACAUGCAAGUAUGACAAGUACUGUGCAGACCACUUCAAAGACAACCACUGCGACCAGGGCUGCAACAGUGAAGAGUGUGGCUGGGAUGGGCUGGACUGUGCUGCUGACCGGCCCGAGAACCUGGCGGAGGGCACUCUGGUCAUAGUGGUGCUGCUUCCCCCAGAGCAGCUGCUCCAGGACUCACGAAGCUUCCUGCGGGCCCUGGGCACCCUGCUCCACACCAACCUUCGCAUUAAGCGGGACUCCCAGGGGAGCCUCAUGGUGUACCCGUACUAUGGUGAGAAGCCAGCUGCCUUGAAGAAGCAGAAGGUGGCACGGAGGUCUCUUCCUGAUGAACACGAUCAGGAGGUUGCUGGCUCUAAGGUGUUUCUGGAAAUUGACAACCGCCAGUGUGUCCAAGAUUCGGACCAGUGCUUCAAGAACACGGAUGCUGCAGCAGCUCUGCUGGCUUCUCACGCUAUCCAGGGGACUCUGUCAUACCCUCUUGUGUCUGUUGUCAGUGAAUCCAUACCUCCAGGCCACACCCAGCUUCUCUAUCUCCUUGCUGUUGCUAUUGUCAUUAUCCUGUUUAUUAUCCUGCUGGGGGUCAUCAUGGCAAAACGGAAACGGAAACAUGGCUUCCUCUGGCUACCUGAAGGUUUCACCCUUCGUCGAGAUUCCAGCAAUCACAAGCGUCGUGAGCCAGUGGGACAGGAUGCUGUGGGGCUAAAAAAUCUCAAAGUACAAGUCUCAGAGGCCAACUUAAUUGGUUCUGGAACAAGCGAACAUUGGGUAGAUGAUGAAGGACCCCAGCCAAAGAAAGCGAAGCCUGAAGACGAGGCUUUACUCUCAGAAGAAGAUGACCCCAUUGACCGACGCCCAUGGACACAGCAGCACCUGGAAGCCGCUGACAUCCGUCGGACACCGUCACUGGCUCUCACUCCUCCUCAGGCAGAGCAGGAGGUGGACGUGUUGGAUGUGAAUGUCCGGGGCCCAGAUGGGUGUACCCCGCUGAUGCUGGCUUCUCUUCGGGGAGGCAGCUCAGACGUGAGUGAUGAAGAUGAGGAUGCCGAGGACUCUGCUGCCAACAUCAUCACCGACUUGGUGUACCAGGGCGCCAGCCUCCAGGCGCAGACAGACCGGACUGGUGAGAUGGCCCUGCACCUUGCAGCCCGCUACUCAAGAGCUGAUGCGGCCAAGCGCCUCCUGGACGCAGGAGCCGAUGCCAAUGCCCAGGACAAUAUGGGCCGCUGCCCCCUCCAUGCUGCAGUGGCUGCGGAUGCCCAAGGCGUCUUCCAGAUUCUGAUCCGCAGCCGAGUCACUGAUCUAGAUGCCAGAAUGAACGAUGGCACUACGCCCCUGAUCCUGGCUGCCCGUCUGGCUGUAGAGGGCAUGGUGGCAGAGCUCAUCAACUGCCAAGCAGACGUGAAUGCAGUGGACGACCAUGGAAAAUCUGCUCUGCACUGGGCUGCUGCUGUCAAUAACGUGGAGGCCACUCUUCUACUGUUGAAAAACGGGGCCAACCGAGACAUGCAGGACAACAAGGAAGAGACGCCGCUGUUUCUUGCUGCGCGGGAGGGGAGCUAUGAAGCGGCCAAGAUCCUGCUAGACCAUUUUGCCAAUCGGGAUAUCACCGACCAUAUGGACCGUCUCCCCAGGGACGUGGCCCGCGACCGCAUGCACCAUGACAUCGUGCGCCUCCUGGAUGAGUACAACGUGACGCCCAGCCCGCCGGGGGCAGUGCUGACUUCCGCCCUUUCCCCCGUCAUCUGUGGGCCCAACAGGGCUUUCCUCAGUCUGAAGCACACCCCCAUGGGCAAGAAGCCGAGACGGCCCAACACCAAGAGCGCCGUGCCCACCAGCCUCCCCAGCCUAGCCAAGGGGGCCAAGGGGAAUCGGCGCAAGAAGUCCCUGAGCGAGAAGGUGCAGCUGUCGGAGAGCUCGGUGACCUUAUCCCCAGUGGACUCCCUGGAGUCGCCUCACACCUACGUGUCUGAUGCCACCUCCUCCCCGAUGCUCACGUCCCCGGGGCUCCUGCAGGCCUCCCCCAACCCUCUGCUGGCCACGCCGGCCGCCCCCGCCCGCGCGCAGCACGCGCUCUCCUUCUCUAACCUCCACGACAUGCAGCCCGUGGCCCCCGGGGCUGGCACGGUGCUCCCCUCGGUCAGCCAGCUGCUGGCCCACCACCACAUCAUCCCCCCCGCGGCGGCGGGGGGCGGCGGCGGCGCGGGCGGCCUGGGCCGGCUGCACCCAGUCACCGUCCCGGCCGACUGGAUGAACCGCGUGGAGACCAGCGAGGGCCAGUACAAUGAGAUGUUCGGCAUGGUCCUGGCUCCCGGGGAGGGCGGCCAUGGCAUGGCGCCCCAGAGCAGGCCGCCGGAGGGCAAGCCGGGCCCCCCGCGGGAGCCCCUGCCCCCCAUCGUGACUUUCCAGCUCAUCCCCAAAGGCGGCCUGGCCCAGCCGGCCGGGGCGCCCCCGCCCCCCGCCGCCUGCCCUCCCUCGGUGGCCGGGCCCUUGCCCGCCAUGUAUCAGAUCCCAGAGAUGGCCCGGCUGCCCAGCGUGGCGUUCCCCGCCGCCAUGAUGCCCCAGCAGGACGGGCAGGGCGCGCACACCAUUCUCCCCGCCUACCACCCCUUCCCCGCCUCCGUGGGCAAGUACCCCACCCCUCCCUCCCAGCACAGCUACGCCUCCUCCAGUGCUGCCGAGCGAACCCCCAGCCACAGUGGCCCCCUGCCGGGCGAGCACCCCUACCUGACUCCAUCCCCAGAGUCGCCGGACCAGUGGUCAAGCUCCUCGCCCCACUCUGCUUCCGACUGGUCAGAUGUGACCACCAGCCCCACUCCCGGCGGGGCUGCAGGCGUGCAGCGCGGAACUGGGACACACAUGGCCGAGCCGCCACACAGCAAGAUGCAGGUGUACGCCUGAAGAGCAAGCGUCCGUGCAGACAGCCGCUGCUCCAAAACGCUGCUGAGGAACAAAUGAAGGUCAUCGGGAAGAAGAUGAAGAAAUCUUAGUAACCAGCUUUGGGAGGCGAGAGAGGAGAUGCUUCUGGCUCACAGCCGCUCAGCUCCGCUGGGUCCCUGCGAGGCCCGUGGGGAGGGCCUGGCUCCUCCCCGGCCCUUGCCCAGCAGACCAAGGCCCGGGACGCGCAGGGAACACGCACUCGGGGGCCAUGUGCCUCUCUUCCUGUCCUAGAACAAGAUGGAUGCCUUUUGUAGCCCAGACAUGCUUGCAGCUCGGACUGCAUUUUAAGCCCUAGGGAGGGCUUCUGCUCUAUGCGAGAAGAUUCUACACAAGGGUCCGAUUGGAAAAUGCGCGCUGGAACUGUGCCACUGGCUCGCCUCCUCGACCUUGGAAAUCCUUUCUGCUUCACCCUGUGUUUUUCUCUGGGUACCAGUGAACGCUGGGACGAAUGAUCCUUGCGCUUUCCAGCCCCGGCUGCUCUGGAAAGCCCGGCCACGAGGCUUGCUUCCCUUAGGUUCUCAGCACCGGCCUCGCAGCUAUGUUUCUGUAGAAGUCUGACGUGUUGCACUUGACAUGUCACUCCUAGAGAAGGGGAACAUUUUUCUUCAGACCAAUCUGGGGACAGGAGAGCCCUGUAAGAGAAUGCACCCUCAUUCUCUUCCCAUCAGCUGUGUAAGUGUGUGGGCUUCGUCAAUGUGAAGUGUCACCCCAACUGUCUAGACACGAUGAUCUUACUCCUUUUUAAGAAAAAAAAAACAACCAGCAAAAGGAGUGCAAUGUUGGAGUGCGGGGAGAUAAGCCAACUCAGGCUGGAAGCAGGCUCCACUCCAGUCAAACAUUCCAUUGCCUGCCAGUGUAAAGGACAUGGGUCCCCAAUCCUAGGAUUCUAGCCCUGCUUCCCUGUUCUUCCAGGAGGUGGCACUAGUCCUCGCUUUCUAACCUUCCAUGUGUCUCCACCGAAGAAAAUCUCGCCAUACCAGAUUGUGGGACCGUGCUAGCCUGGGUUCAAGGGAUCCUCUGAUUGUCACUUUCUAUCAGUGUUUAUUUCGUGUGUGUGUGUGUGUGUGUGUGUGUGUGAGGGGGAGAGAGAGAGAGAGAAAGGGCAAUACUAGGAUUGGA